AUGGCGGUGUGGACGCGCGCCGCCAAGGCGGGGCUGCUGGAGCUGCUGCUGCGGGAGCGCUGGGUGCGGGUGGCGGCGGAGCUGAGCGGCGAGGCGCUGAGCCUCACCUCGGAGCCGCCGCCCGAGCCCGCGGGGCCGCCCAACGGGCUGCCCAACGGCGCCGAGUGGGGCGGCCCGGAGCCCCGCCCGCUCUCGCCGCCCCCGGCCGAGCCGGCGCCGCCGGGCGUGCGGCGGGUGCGGGUGGUGAAGGCCGAGGCGGGCGGGCUGGGCAUCAGCAUCAAGGGCGGGCGCGAGAACCGCAUGCCCGUGCUCAUCUCCCGCAUCUUCCCGGGGCUGGCGGCCGAGCGCUGCGGCGCCCUGCGGCUCGGGGACGCUAUCCUCUCGGUGAACGGCACCGAUCUGCGCGAGGCCACCCACGACCAGGCCGUGCAGGCGCUGAAGCGGGCCGGCCGCGAGGUGCUGCUGGAAGUGAAGUUCAUGCGGGAAGUGACUCCCUACAUUAAGAAGCCAUCGCUGGUGUCAGACCUCCCGUGGGAUGGGGCAGCUCCCCAGUCACCGAGCCUGAGUGGCAGUGAGGACUCCGGCUCACCGAAGCACUACAAUGGCACCAAAGACAGGAAGGUGAUCCCUCUGAAAAUGUGCUUCGCCGCCAGGAACUUGAGCAUGCCAGACCUGGAGAACAGGUUGAUAGAGCUGCACUCACCGGACAGCAGAAACACCCUGAUCCUGCGGUGCAAAGACACAGCGACCGCACACUCCUGGUUCACGGCAAUCCACACCAACAUCAUGGCCCUCCUCCCUCAGGUGCUGGCUGAACUCAAUGCCAUGCUAGGUGCCAGCAAUGCCACAGGAAGUAGCAAGGAGGUCAGACACAUCGCUUGGCUGGCAGAACAGUCUAGACUAGAUGGAGGAAGGCAGCAGUGGCGGCCCAUCCUCAUGGCUAUGACAGAGAAGGACUUGCUGCUCUAUGAUUGUAUGCCCUGGACAAGAGACGCAUGGGCAUCACCUUGCCACAGCUACCCUCUUGUUGCUACCAGGCUGGUUCACUCUGGCUCCGGGCGCAGAUCACCUUCUCCGGGAUCCGAGCUCACCUUUGCAACGAGGACAGGAUCUCGCCAGGGCAUUGAAAUGCACGUUUUCAGGGUGGAGACGCAUCGGGACCUCUCCUCCUGGACCAGGAUGCUAGUUCAGGGCUGCCACACUGCUGCGGAGCUGAUAAAGGAGGUGUCCGUAGGCUGCACUUUGAAUGGUCAGGAGGUGAAGCUCACAGUCCAUUAUGAAAAUGGAUUCACUCUCUCCAGGGAGGAGGCAGGCUCCAGUCGCACCCUGUUCCUCUACCCCUUUGAGAAGCUUAGAGUGUCUGCAGAUGAUGGCAUCAGGAACCUGUACUUGGAUUUUGGUGGCCCUGAGGGGGAGCUGACUCUGGACCUGCACUCCUGUCCGAAACCUAUUGUUUUUAUGUUGCACACUUUCUUGUCAGCCAAAGUCACCCGUAUGGGACUGCUUGUGUAAGAGGUGAAGGGUCCCAACAGCCCUGAACAACACAUCUACUGUCCCAGCAGCAAAAAAGCACAAAAGACCCUAGUUUGUGGUGUCCUCCUGCAGUACCAGUGCCUUGACAAAGACUGACUCAUGCCAGAACCAUGAUGGUGUGGAAGGAAGCUCCUGCUCUCCUCAAAGCCAUAGCCAGAAACUCCAGCCUCUCCACAAUCCCCUGGAAUAACUGCGCCACAUGCCUAGAAAAUACUGAGGCCAGACUGCUGCUGGUAGCUCAAUACUCAGAUCAGAGGAGAUGUGGUUCUCACAUUCUCAGUUUCCAGCCACUUCCUGGCUGCUGGCAAUUUGAGACUCUUCUUCCUGACACUCCUGGGAUUCGAUUGUCACCCUGAAGACUCAGCGUCAAGCUGAGCAUCUGGCACUCAUCUGUUGCAAGAAGAGCCAUUGGCAUGGGACUGUGAGGGGGGAGGUUAGGGUUGGAACUAGAAUCAGUCCUUAUGACGCCAUUUUUAUUGCUUACCAAAUGUGCCUUUGGUGUAAGGUGGGUUGGUGCUUUACUGGAGAUGGAGAUGAGGAGUCUGGGAGUUCAGUGCUGGUCACUCUGGAAGUGUGUUCCAUGAGUCCCCGCCCUCAGCUUGUUCCAAGCUGACCCAGCUCCCUCUGUUGCCACAAAGCCACUUUCCCAGGGAUCCUUGGUAAGGAAGAGGCCUGUCCUUCUCACUAGCCAGUGGGUUUAGAUCCCCCUUGCUGAGUGGGAUGGAUAGGGAGAUUUCAGUCACUUUUCUGACUUGCUUUGGGCACCUGGAAACAUCCUAAAUACAGAGCACUUGGUGCUUUUCACUGAUGCUUCUUAUCGAGGCCCCCGAUGGUCAAAUGUGACUGGACAGAUGCCACAUGGCUGGAUCGGAGGCACAGAAGGGCCAGCUGGUUGCAUGUUCUGAGACGAGCUGGAAUAUGUAAAGCAGCUGAUGCCCAUAUAGUGAUGCGCACAGCCUCUGGGCCUGGCAACUUCCUCCUGAGACAUUAGCAGCACCCUCUCCUUUCCUAGUGCUGGGCUGUCUGUCUCCCUCUGCCUGUGCCAAGCCCAUGUGCCCAGGUGUGUGUGCUGCAGAGAGAUGGGUGACGGGGCCUGUGAAUGACUUUGAAAUACCUGGGCGACAAGGUAGGGGAGAUGGUAUAUUUUAUUGGACCAACUUCUGUCGCUGAGAGGGACCAGCUUUCAAGCCAUGCAGAGCUGUGUGCAUGCUUGCAAUGUUAGUUGGCACAGCCUGUCCCAUUCCUAAAGAAAGUCUUCUGAAGCAUCUGCAGGGCUGAGGGGAGGCAGCUCAUCCACAAGAGGCAGGGAAAUUGCAGUGCUUCCUUCACUCUGGUGGCAGAAUUUGAACACAGGGCGUUUGGAAGCCACCUCCCAGCACAUCACUGACCUCUUCCCAAAAGGACUCAAGCCACCCGGCAAUGCAGCCUGGCUCAGAACUCUGAGAAACGGAUUUCACUGCAUAACCCAGACCUUCAGCAGGGCCUGCACCCUCCUGUUCUCUUCUUAGAUUUCUGGUCUCUCUCAUGCUUGGGAAGAACUGUGCCUGGGACACCUAGAGAUGGGGGACAGGGACUCCAGGAGCCCACUGCGUGCACACAGCAGGUGGCUUGGACAGUCCUUUUGAGGCUCUGCUUGCUUCCUUGGAGCACCUCUAGCACCUGUGAGCGUUUGAUUCUCAGUAUAGGUUGCUCAGGAUUAACUCCUGGGAUUCAGCUUCACAAGUUACCAGUGUACUGAGCUUUCUGAGACUGGCUAGAGCAGUGGGACACUUACGCCACCUGCAGACCAGUACGGUAGCCCGUCUCCUUAGCAGCGCAGAUCGACAGCUUGAUGUAACUAGACUUAAGGUGAGAGUUCACAGCACAAAGCUUUUGGAGGUGAACCUAAGAGCAUGCCGCCUUGAGCCUGGCCUUCACACACCACGAGCCUGUUCUGGGAAAGAAGCGAUCCUGGAGGGCACACUUCCUUUAAGUGAGGUAUGAAGCAAAGCUGAUUUGCCCAGAUUGUCCUGCCAGCACAGCAGCCUGCUGAAACCCUAGGGAGGAAAUGUUCUUCACAAGCCCCUCACAACCAGGUGGCCUAUGCUUGAUGCCUAGCAGCUCACUUCCAAACACUAUUUUAGUAACCAGCAAAGGCCAAUCAGUUGAAACGUGUUUGUUUAAACAACAAAUCACACCAGGUUAUAACAUACUUAGAAUAGUGUCUUAGCUGAUUGGGGUUUGUGAAGUGAAUAUAAGGUUAAUAUAAAGUGAGAGUUCCCGCACAGUACUGAUUUGGAUAGGUUUGUGUUCACCCAACAGACUGUUAUUUGGUCUGUGGACCAACUGGAAGAGUUGUCAUUCCAACGCAAGGCUGUUAAGCUCUUCAGUCUAUUUUAGCUGCUCUAAAAGACGAUAUUUUACCUCUAGUAUGGUUGAGGUUUGUCCCAUCAGUACAGCGAGUGCUGGAAAGCACAGAGUCUGCAUGGUGAAAAAUCUACUCCAGGGACAGCAGACUAGUUCUAAGCCUCAGUUCUUAGACAACCCAUAAAGAAAUACUCCUAAUGCCAUAGGGUGAUUAAGCUGUUACCAUGUUGGACUAUUUUCUUAUCUAAAUGUCUGUUUUUUUUGUUUAAUUUGCAGCUUCACCACAUUGGUGGCUGUAAAGCAUCUGGAAUAUUUUUUACAAGUUAGAGGCUAGGCAGUUUGGUCUCUUACCAAAAGCCCCAAGUCGACUUAAAUUAGAAUUCUGGACAAGGUCCUGCCUUCUCCCAGGAAAACAUGGCUUGCUAGGAACCAGGUUUACGAGGGUAAAUGUAGGGUCCAUCAGCAGGGGAAUAUUCACACCUGUUGUACUGGAAAGUGAGAUUAGUGUCAGGAUAUCACAUAAAAUGGGAGAGUCCCCCUCCCCAUAUUAUUCCUUCGUUCUGCAAACUACCUAAUAAGCUGCUAUGGAAAUUCUGUUGUGCCCUGGCUGGUUUCAAGGGGUUAGAUAUCCCUGAGGAUUUCAGGGAAGAACUUGUAGACUUAAGCACUUUCUCUGCUUUUUUUAUUUUGCUCUGACACUUAAGGUUGAGUGGUUGCUAUUUUAAGCUCUGGUGGUGGCCACUGAUUGUCAGUACUGCUCGUGAUCUGUACAAAACUUGCUGUCAGUGGGGUGAACUCUUCCCAAAUCGCCUGUCACUAGCAAAGCUCUGGUUGAGGUAGCAACUGAAAUGUCAAGAAUAGACGCCAAAUCGAAUUGCACAUGGUGGUUUGGUUUAACAGGAGGUUUGCACUCAUUUCGAUUGGAUUUGGAUUUCUCUGGGAGGUGGAGGAGUGCUUAGUACUGCCUUGUCAUGACCACCCACUGCAAGCUGAGCUGGCACCCCUUGUGCGCGGAGUAUGGUCUGCCUUCCCCUUUGCAUCAGACACGGUAUAGUUCAUGUGCAGAAAGGCUCAUGCUGCCAGCCUGAAACUGUCUCCCAACAGAUGCAGGUUCCUUCCCAGGCUUCACUGUGUUAGGAAUGACAUUCUGUCCUGUGUAAGCAAUCACGUUUGAGCCUUUUGCCACAAAGCCUGAAUUCGAUCCUGACUUGCUUCACCAGUGAAGCCCCUGAGAUCUCAGCCUAGUUCCCAGAGAACCUGUGUCCAAACCUGACCCAUCUUCUCAUUCGUGUGAGCAUCAGUGUCCACUGAAUGGAGGCUCAGGUCUGUUGCGGAUCAGAUUUUCCCCUAAGUACUUGCCAGUUUGCACUCUGCCUAGGUCUCCUCAGGGCUGUCUUUCAUUCAUGCCAAAUAUCUGUCCUGUUACAGAAUGCUGCAUGCCCUUUUGGAACGCUGCGAGCCAUCACUUACUCUGGAAGCUCAGGUCCUCUUAGCUUUUAAGGUUUUUAAUGUUUUAACUUAGUAUUAAAAGCCUGUUCUGCAGACUGAAUUUCUGAUGCUGAAGCCCCCACUGUGUCCCAGCUCCUCCCCAGAAGUGUUGAGGUACCAGAUUUAUCUGCAGUACAUGCACUAUGUGCCUCACCUGGCCUCGUUUGUUUCUGGUGGCAGCAGGCUCCCCUUUUCCCAGAGCCUGUGUAGAGAUAUGGGGAAAUGUUCAGACUCCUGGGAGCUUGCCCUGUCUUUUCCCUGUAAGUAGGGAAAAGGGCCCCAGAAUGUCUGCAAGAGACUCUGCUCCUGCCCCCUCCCACAUCUAUGCAAACCUCUGGAUUUUUGAGUGAGGUGGUAUGUUGGAAAGCUAGGAAAUGCCCCAUGUGGUGCUCCAGCUCCGCAGCUGGAGAGCUGUUAGAGCAUUCCAUGUGGAAGAUACACCACUGAGAGGCAUCCCACAUUAUCCUUGGAAACCAGAGAGGAGAGUAUUUAAGCUGAGCUUGUCUUUUCUAUCCGGAAUAAGAGCAGACAAAUGUCUUAAAUAUGGCCCUAUCAGCCUGGAUGACCAUAUGGUGGUGCAGAAUUAAACUAGUGAAUGGUGUUUACAAAACCUUAUACAAGCUGUGUAGAUUUUAAAAGCUAUUGGUCCCCUCUAGUCAGUCAAUUUCUUCUACCAACUCCUCUUCAAACAGCACUUGUGGGAUCAACUCUCAGAGUUAAUACACUGCAAAAUCUUUGGAGAUUCUUGUGCUUUUUCCAAUACAACAUUUCUGUGCUUGUGGCUAGUUCCCACAACUGAAAGCAGACAUGGCAUGCGGGGCUUAAUUUGUAAUGAAAGAGGUGCCAGAUUUCAAGCAAUUUUUGCACUUUCUUAACUGACAUGCCAAGCCCAAAGGUGCCAGGUGGCUCAGCCCUGGCAGAAAUUAUGCACUGCUUGCGUGUAGAAACCAGGCUAUACUUUUCUUUAAAAGGAGGCCAGUAGCCUCUUCGCAUUAGAUAUUAAGCAAUAAAGAAAAUGGAUGGGAAACCAGUAAAAGCAAAUGUUCAAGUCUUUGGCUGUGGAUCCCACUCCUGGUGUGCACGUGCUUUGUGGGAUCCACAUGGACAGAGCAUCUUGAAGCACCACGGUUGCUGUAAGGCUAAGUAACUGUUCUCUACAGCCAGUCCACCUCUGCCUUUUGCCUUUAUGCUGCCAGGAUUUUGCUACAUGGGUUAAUUCUGUUUCUGUUGCUGAUCUUACAGCAUCCUGGCCUGCAACACAGUACAUCAAAACAUUGAUUGCACUUUCAUGUUCUAGAAUUUGGGGGAACUACAGGGCUGGUUCUGCCCGGUUUUAAAAAUAAUUUGCAGUGACAUCUCUUCUCUGCCGAAUAAAAUUAAAAAAAUAAAAUCCCAUCGGCACAUCAAUGUUUGUGGUGCUCCAUUUUCCUUUUAGCAUAUCUGCCUGUCUGGGAUCAGCCAGUGUAGGGGAUCUCACUACAGUGUAUCAGUGUUAAGUUUACAAUUUGGGUAAAUAGAGCAUUACAAGCCCCAGGUCCUAAAGACAAGAACCCUGUAGGUAGAACUGCCCCAGGUCACCUGAAUAAUAAAUUGCACCGAACCACUACAAGUAAACUGUUUUUUAACCUGUGCAAACUCUGUGCUGUUUGAUAUGAUAUAAUCAAGGCACAGACUUUAACACUCCCAUGAAAAAACUAAAGUAACAUGCAAUCAAUUCUAUUUUUGUAUUCUUUGUAGUUAACUGUUCAUACAAUUCUUCCUUUUUUGAUGUUUUUAAUCUCAAGCUUUUGGAACUUCCAGGUUACCAAAUCCAAAUAACCCAAGUGGUGAGAAAAGCAGGGGAGUUUGUGUGUUUUACAAUCACAUUAAAGCUUUAUGUGUACUCUAUAAAUAUAGAUGCAUAGACAACCUAUUGUCCCUUGAGUUGCAUGUUAACUGUAUAGUAUUGUACAUUACAAAUGAAAAUGUAACCUAAGGGCAAGUGUAACCUUUAUACUGUAAAUAACAAUAAAGGCUUUUAUGCUUUUAGAUUUUUA